AUGAGAAAUACAAGUAUCUUACUAUCGGGCGUUGUCAUCUUUGUUUAUUAGUGCUAUAAGAUAGACUAGUGCUUUACAUGAAAAUUAAAACCAAUGUGCACCUAAUUUUAACUCAAAAAGGUUUCAUAUUUUGAAAAUUAUGCGUUUUUAAACUUAAUCAGUGGUUGAUAAACGGUGUAAUGGGAAAAGAGCUGCCUGAAUUCUCUAGGGAACUCCAUUUGUCUUACUGGAUUUUUGAUCCAUUUAUUUUGAUUAUCUUCUGAUGGACAUUUAUAUGAUUUAUUAAAAAACACCCACAAAAUGUCCGUUACUUGUGAAAUAGCUAUAGCUUAUUUACUAAUUUGUUUGUUUUGGACAGUCAUUCCUACUACUUCAGAAACUGCAUCAUUCUAUGGCGGCAGCUAUGUCCACGUACCGCUUCAGGAUGCCAAGAGUACCACCGAGGUGCAGCUGAGGUUCCGUACCAAGCAGUCAGAUGCUCUGCUCCUGCUAGCUGCUGGUCGCACAGACUACUGCCUUAUCCGGCUGGAGUCUGGCCGAUUAAAGGUUCAUAUAAACUUGGGGGCUGGUGAGUCUGAAGUGGCGUCACCAAAGGGACUGCGCCUGAACGACUUAACUUGGCAUCAGGUGGUGGUGUCUCGGACUGAUGCUAAUGUUACGUUGUCAGUUGAUCAGAUCCAUGUCACCAGAGAGAAACUUCCUGGGAAGUUCUUUGAGUUGAACAUCCACUACGGCGUGUAUGUGGGUGGGCAAGGUGACUUCUCCGAGUUGUUCCUAGGCCACGGAGAGUGGACACGUGGUUGUCUGGCAGAUGUGGUGUACAAUGGAGUUAAUGUGCUGCAGCGUGCACGACAACGCAUAGCUAAGUCUGAUGCACAAUCCAUCACGUGGAAUUGUGCUGCUGAAUUUGAUGCCAGCGUCGAGCAGGAUAUCAGUUUUGUAGAAGAAGGUGCCUACAUGGCCUUACCCAAUAUCAUCAACCGCACUGGAGUCAGGUGGGAGAUGGAGAUAAAGACAUCUUUUGCACAAGGCGUUCUGUUGUACUCAAGUGGACUGUCACCAGGCCGCAGUGAUUUUGUGGGUGUGGAGGUAGUGGGGGGCCAGGUCCGGGUGAGCCUGGACAAAGGAAAUGGUGCCGUGGAACUGACCAGCGAUGCCGUGGUGAACGACGGCACAUGGCACACAAUCAACGUACGACUCAGCCCGGCACUCAUUGACAUCUCUGUAGAUGGCCGCAGUAACUCUCUCCGAUUGGCACUUAGUGGCAGUCGAUUCUUUGAUCUCUCUGAGACGGUGUACAUCGGAGGAGUAGAGCUGAACAAACGAGCCCGAGCACUGGGCCAGGGGCUGAAGGCAGCAGACACAAGCUUCAAGGGCUGCAUGAGACUCCUGGCUGCUGAUGGCAAGCGAUUUGGAAUCCCCAACGCUAAAGUAACACAGGGUAUUUUGCCCGAGUGUGUGUGGUCAUACCCGUGCACACAGAACCCGUGUGCAGCUGAUGCGAAGUGCGUCCAGCAAGGUGUUGACUCUUUCCGCUGCGAGUGUCUGCGAUCCCACUGCCUCAAGGAGGACUUUGCCACCUCAUACAAGGUGUUCUCUAAGACCUCACAGUUAGAGCUAGUGGAGCUAUCACCGCUGACCGUGGUGGAAGGGGAGAAUGCUCUGCUCACACCAUCGCACAUAAAUGUGGUCCUGGACUACGCCAAGUUCGGAGUACGUGACUCCGGUGUGCUGUUCCUCACUCUAGGCUCCCCUACUCAUGGCCGGCUGGCAGUCGAGGUCUGGGAACGAGGUGGGCAGAGCCCCAACCAUCAGGUCUUCACCCUCCUCGACCUGGCUAAAGACAAGGUACGGUACUUGCACGAUGGCUCAGAGAGUGUCCAGGAUAGUAUAAUGAUGGAUCUGGAACUGGCUCCUGGGCCUGGCUUCAUCAUCCCGGGUUACCUGCAGGGCAAACACCGCUUCGUACUGCAUGUUGACAUCACUCCAGUCAAUGAUGCUCCCUCACUGAGCAUCCCCAGCAGCAAGGCUCUGCGUAUGGCCCAGGGCACACGCAAGAAGCUGACGCGAGAGCUGCUAAAUGCUACAGACCCAGACACUGUACCUGACAGCCUGGUCUACUCUGUGCUGGGCAACAGCAGUGGUGGUGUGGUAGAGCGAACAGACAGCCCCGAUGUGCCAGUCACUACAUUUACACAAGCCGAUGUAGACGAGGGGGCGGUGAUGUUCCACCAUACACGGGCACAACCGGGCAACACUAAGCUGACACUGCAGGUGUCAGAUGGAACCGAAGCCAGUCCAGCAGCAUUCCUUCACAUCUCGGUGUAUCCGCUGCAGCUGCAUAUGGAGAACAACACAGGAGCUGUUCUGACUCACAACUCCUGGACACUGAUCAGUCCUGCCAACCUGAGCUACACGACCAACUCAGAUGAUCCAGCACUGACCGUGCAGUACCAGGUAGUGAGUGGACCGUACUGUGGGGCUCUACAAAAGCAGAUUGUACCAGGCAAGGACUCCUGGUACAAGAUUGACAGCUUCACCAGUCAUGAGUUGGCUCUGGGGGAAAUCAGAUAUUUGGCCUGCUCAGGCAAUCCUCAGCAAGACAACUUUACGAUGCAAGUUUCAGCAGCUGGCGUUUCGGCCUCUUCCAAGCCUACAUUCCGAUUGACUUUCACAGAACUACACCUAGUUUCUGUGAACAACGCAGUUGUAACAUUGGAGAGUGUGAGGGAUGCUGUGAUCUCUGAGGAGAACCUGUUGUACACUACCACCCCUCUGCCCAUCGACCCUACCACACUCAGCUUUGAGGUGGUGAGACUGCCUCGCUACGGGACACUGGCAGUAAAUGGCUCUGUCCUACGAUCCGGUGAAGUGUUCAGCCAGUUGGAUGUGACUCAAGGCCGUGUACGUUACAAGCUGUACCGCACCGCAUACUCUCGGGUUCAUGACACUGUCACGUUCCGUGUAUCAGCCCCUCAAUGCCAGGCAUUGGCCCCGGCAACACUGCGGUUUGUCCACACGCCUCCAGCGCAGCUUGUGCAAAGAGUUACUGUUGUUCUCCACAAGCUCAAGGUGGUGGAGGGGGCCGCAGCAAUCCUGAGCCAAGCCCAUCUUGACGUGAGCAUGUUGGGACUGAGUUCACUGGAGUAUGAGUUGACACAUGCACUGGCACAUGGCUGGUUGGAUGUGUUACUGCAGGAUGGUAGCCUGGGGCGUCCCAAUGCAUCAUUGUUCACCGCACAAGAAGUUGGACAGCACCGCGUACGUUAUACCCAUGACGGCUCUGAGACCCGGAGUGAUUUGCUGCAGUUUGUCGCAGUAUCAACCAGAGAAGAGGACUUUCUGUAUGUUGGAGAGUUGGAGAUCUCUGUGAAUCUCACCAACGACAAUGCCCCUGUGAGAGUGGUGGACCGUGUGUUCCGUGUAGUGCAGGAUGGUGCAAGACUGCUGACUGGACAAGACCUGCGCUAUGUGGAUGCUGACAUUGACUGUACCACUGCUGAUAUCUUGUACACACGCAAGGACAUAUCCAACGGUGGGAUAUACUCUGCUGACAACCCGGCCACUCCACUCUACCAGUUCACUCAGGAGGACCUGGAUGCUGGGAAAGUUCUGUUCCGUCACGUCGGAGAGGCUGAGAGUCGAGUGCUACUGAGGGUCAGUGACGGCACUCACCAUACUGAGGGCAUAUUGGAAGUGAACGCAUCCCCACCGUAUGUGGACAUAGUCAACAAUACGAGACUGGUGGUGCGGCAAGGUGGCUCUGCUCAUAUCACGUCCCACAAUCUGUACGCCGAUACAAAUGUCAACCUUGCACAUCAACAAAUCAGGUUUGAUGUGUCAGACGGUCCCAGCCAGGGAGUAUUGGAGUUAGAAGGUACACUGGACCCUGUUAAGGUGUUUGUCCAGGGAGACAUCCUGCAAAACAGGCUCUCCUACAGGCACAACGGAGAUGUAACUAGUGUACAGGACAGCUUCACACUUAAGGUGUCAGUGGAGGGAGCAGACAGUCAGGCCAAGUUCCAGGUGAGGGUUUUCCCCGCUGGCUAUUGGGACCCUCUCUCUGUGGCAAACAACCAGACCCUUCAUGUUGAAGAAUCCACCAGUGUCCCCAUCACCAACAGUUUCCUGCAGGUGAAGCAGCCACACGUCCCUGCUACAGACAUCACGUACCUGGUUAUGGAGCCUCCACGUUAUGGUUAUCUGGAACUGGAGCCGGUGGCGGGAGCGAUGGGAGCAGAUGAUAGAGAGGAGGUUGUGUCCACGUUCAGUCAGGAGAUGGUGAACAGUGGUCGACUCCACUAUGUGCAAGCCACAGCAAACCAGACUCGGGAUCGUAUGGUCCUAGACGUCACCAAUGGCAUUACUUGGCUCCGGGAUCUUACGGUCAGUUUCCUAGUGGUACCAGAGCGGCUUUACAUAGGUGGGGGAGAUCUUAGGUGUGAGGAGGGGGGAAAUGUGACCCUCCCUCCAUCUCUUCUGCCCCCUCUCACUGAGUACUAUGUGGGGCGGCUGACCGAGUACCGGCUGGUACGCCCUCUGCAACAUGGCCGCCUAGUGUCUGCAGCACAGCCAGCACGUAACCUGCUCAAGUGGUCGCCCCAGCAGAUGCAGGCAGGACUAAUACAGUAUGUCCACGAUGGCAGUGAGACGACAGAGGAGGUGUUCAGUGUUGUGGCACGUGCAGGAGAUAAGGACAGUCUGCCAGCGAGAGUGAGAGUGAGCAUCUCUCUCGUCAAUGAUCAGGUGCCAGUCGUAGUCAACAACACAGUGCUACGGCUGUGGCGGGGAGGCUCACAGGCUAUCACCCCCUCCCACCUUGCUGCAGUGGACAGAGACUCGCCUCCAGAAAAUGUGACAUAUGCUAUCCUCUCUGCCACAGCCGGACACAUCGCCCUGGCCUCCAACCCUUCUGUGGCCAUCGAUAAGUUCACUCAAACACAGCUCAACAGUUUACAGCUGGUCUUUGUCCAUUCAGGAGAAGCUGUGGAUGGAGAGGUAGACAUUGUAAUCAGUGACGGGAUCAACUCUGUGGGUCCGAUUAUCUUCAAGACAAAGUGUGAGGAUGUGACAUUACACCUGCGCAACAACCGACCUCUCAAUGUGUUCCCGUUACUGCGUCGUGCUAUCACUACAGAUCACUUACUGGCUGAAUGUUCAGAUCCGACUAGACAGGUGGCAUACCGAGUGGUGGGACAACCCAGUCUAGGACAGCUAGUGUUAGAGCCAAACUCUACCCCUGUCCUCAACUUUACUCAGGGUGAUAUUAGUGCCCUCAGGCUCUCCUACCAGCACACAACACCCCAGAGUCAUGUCUUCACUGACUACGCCACUAAUGAUACUUUCACCUUUGACGUCAUUGCUCCGUUCUCAAUUCCUCUCACACACCAGGAGUUCCGCGUAGAUAUCUCAGUAUGGUCUGGAGGCUUGGAUGAGUUCUUGGAUACUUCCUACUCAUUGACAGUGGAUGAAGGUGGACACACAGGCAUCCAUAUAAACACUUCGCUUAUGAUGAACUUCCUAUACAAACACGUUGGCUCCCCCACCAUCACGGGGAAACUGUGGGAGCCACCGGCCCAUGGGGAGGUCUGUUACCAUGGAAACUGCAGUGACAAUCGUACCACCUUCUCAGACUGGGAGCUGAACAAUGGGUGGGCAGAGUACCACCAUGACCACUCCGACACACUGCACGAUAUCAUCACACUCUCAUUAUAUCUGGAGCCUGGAGACGUACUGCUGUGUAACAUAACUGUUCCAGUUCAUGUGCGUCCUGUCAAUGACCAGCCAUUCCGCCUUGUGACGCAAGCUCCCCACGUCAAGUGUGUUCAAGGACAAAGGCGAACCAUCACUAAACUUGAUUUGUUGACAGAAGACGAUGAUACACCGCCUUCAGAAAUAAUUUACGAAAUUGUCAGUGGUCCAAAUCAUGGAAUGCUUUCUGUAAAUGGGAAUACCACACUUGGAAGAUUCACACAGGCGGAUAUUGAUUCAGGGAAGGUCCUUUUUGAGCAUUCUGGCCCAUUGCAGCCUGCCUCAUUCUACUUCCGUGUAUGGGAUGGACAGUUCAAUCCUGCUUAUACAGUGUUCAACAUUGCGAUAAUCCCUAUUACUUUGAAUGUCACCGUUGUGAUGCCUAUACUCUUGCAGCAAGGAUCCAGUGUGGCUGUUAUCACCAGUAAUGUCUUCCAGGUGAACACCAAUGGGAGAGAAGACAGUAUUGUUUACAACGUGACAAGAUCUCCACUCCACGGUGUCGUGUAUGUAGAUGAUAUUGCCACGUCUUCGUUCCGUCAGAGUGAUCUAAACAGUCGUCGGGUGAUGUAUAUGCAGACUGACAUGACGACCCAUAGUGAUACAUUGGAGUUGUCCGCCACAUUUAUGCUUGAAGACUCCCCAAAUGUGACCGGACUCAGUGUUAAUGUCAGUGUUGAACCUCUUAUUAAAAUCGGGAAGUUCUUGCCAUUUGCAGGAACCAAAACAAAACUGACAACAGAAGCACUGGAUGCAAGUCCUCUUGCUAAACUGACGAAUUCUGAUCCUAUUUUUAAAGUUCUGAAAAAGCCUAGGUUUGGAAAGUUAAAGAAAAUUAUAAGAAGCUCUGGUGAAAAACGAACAGUAAAAGAAAAAGAAAUUAGUAGGUUUACUCAUGAAGAAAUUCGAAGUGGUGUUAUUUAUUACGUCUCUCGUAGAAUCCACGAUACUCAAACGGACAGUAUUCCUUUUCUUUUGGCUGCAUCAAUCUUUCAACCUGCAAUGGGAGAAAUGAAAUUUGAUGUAAUUGGAGAAUCUGGAUACCCCACAACAACAUUUACUCCUCCCAAACCUCCCAGACUACCUGGGCCUAAGCCCCCAAUCGGACACGAGGGUGUGCAGAUAGCUAGCCCCAACAUGAGCGAUGACUACCUGCUCGUAGUGAGCAUGGUGGUCGGAACAAUCGUCCUAGCGAUCAUAGUGGUGAUGCUUGUGCGGUGCGGGUCUAAGCGUGCCGAGAGUAUCCAUAGUGCCAAGAGCGAUCUGAACGCUCCCCUGCCUUUGCCUCAACCCCCGGAUGAGCUGAUGCCCCAUCCCCCACUCACGCCUGGAUCCCUCCCCCAGUGUAAAGUGAUUCCUCUCGGCCCCACAGUGGACUCUGUAACCGGCUCUGAGACAGAGCUGAACCUGAGGUACCCUUAUGGCGCAGCUGACGAGGACUGGAGCAGCUAUGAAGCCUCCGAGAUGGGUUACCCCCAGCGAGCCAACAAUCCCAUGCUCAGGCGCAACCAGUACUGGGUCUGAUAGUGCCCAUGACAACGCGCAGCGCGUUGUCAGCACAGACUUUAACAAAUGCUCACUAUUAAUGACACAGUUUUAGUUGAUUGAGUUGUGAAGUAGUCAACUUGAUUCGGCAGCAUAGGCAAAUGGAAUUACAAAAUAUGGAGAUGGCUAGAGGUAGAAAUCUUUAAUAAAUAAUUUUUAUUUUAUCAUAGAGAAACACCUUUAUCUUUCAAUUUUUUCCUUUAAUUCUAAUGUAUAUGUUGACCAUAUCUUUUCUUUCAUUACAAAAAGUCAUUUGUUUCAAUAGAAAUCCUAUAAAUGCAACAAUAACUUUUUUUUCUUUUUUCACUCUACCCAUCUCCCAAAAUACAAAAAUGAUAAUACAACUUGAAUCUAUGAACCUUCCAGAUACAUUAUGUUAUGUGGGUUGUCUUAUAGACUAAGAGUGUUUCACAGUAUUAGUUUGUUAUAUCAUGUGCAGAGUUUAUUUAUUCAAUAUUUAUAUCCAGUCAGCCAUUGUAGAGUAUGAGUAUUUGUUACAAAGAGGUUUUUAUUUAUAAAAAUAUUGAUGACAUAAUUUAUUCAUGAUUGUGAUUUAAACAGUUUUUACAUUUUGUAAUAUGAUUAAAUUCUAAGUUUGAAAUGUUUAUGAAUGUUAAGUAAUAUACAGGGUGGAGAAUAAUUUUUAUUCCCUAAAAUUUUAAAUAAUGAAAAUAAAAUAAAAAUCUGUAGGAAAUGUUAAUUACUCUAUGUGAAGUUUGUAUAAUGUUUUAAAAUAACAACACUUAUGUAUGUAGUAACUCAUAAAAUAUGUAAAAUAGGAAAUCCAAAUGUAUGUUAAAAAACUCUUUACAAUUCAAACGAUAUUCAUAAUAUGCACACAUCUUGUACAAUAAAAACAAGUGUACACCUCUGCUUGGUAAACAAAACUUUAGAAUGAAAUAAAAUAAAAAUAACAUGGAAAACACUUACAUAUUUAUCAAAAGUUACAAAUAUAAAACAUAUACCAAAGUUUUUAUAUUUUGUCAACAGAUAUAUAGAAAAGUAUUGUGUUUAUAUAACUUUAAAGAGGAAUCCAACGCCAUUCACUCCAAAAUGCUGGUGAUGCUUAUGGUACCAUUAGCGAAAUAUAUUACAAUAAAUUAAACAAAUAAAAGCAAUGUAAACUUAUGGUUCAAUACUGUAGUGGUAUUGAUCAAAAACUUCCUCUAAUAAAAAUUAAAAUGAGAGUAUUGUUUAUUAGCUAUAAUGAACAUUUGGGAGGGAAAGGCGUUUAAAACUGUAAAGAAAGUAGAAAAUGCACUUACAGGUACAUUUUAUCAUUUCUAAAUAUGUAAAAAUAGUACUUGAUAGUAUUAAAUAAAAAAUUUAGUUUUGCCUACCAAGGAAACAAUUUAGUUUUGUGCAAAAAUUCACUAAAAUGUGAAAAACUUCACAUUUAUUCAAAAAGUCAGUGACUUUUUGAAUCAAACAAUUUUUCGGCAAAUAUACAUUUUAUUUUUUAAUAUAAUUACCUUUUUGCUUGAUACAUUUAGCCCAGCAUUUUUUGAAUUUUUUAAUUCCCUCCAAAUAAUAGGUUUUCUCAAGGCUUUCAAAAUAGGCGUUUGUUUCAGUAAUAACAUAUUCAUCUCAAAUCUCCCACCACCCAACCAUUUCUUUAGGUUUGGCAACAUGAAAGAGUCGCAGGGAGCUAAAUCUGGAGAAUAUGCUGGAUGGGGUAGCAGUUCGAACCCCAAUUUAUGAAUUUUUGCCAUCGUGACUAGACAAGUGUGCACACAUGCAAUGUCUUGAUGGAACAGCACUUUUUUCUUCACCAAAUGAGCCCAAUUUUGCUUCAAAUCAACGUUGAAUAUGUCUAAAAGCUCUGUAUAGUAUUCACUGGUGAUUGUUUUACUCUUCUCAGGGUAAUUGAUGAGAAUGAUACUCCAUGGAUACCAAAAAACUGUGGCAAUGACCUUGUUUUGGCUGUCAGACUUACCUUGACCUUCUUUGGUUCAUGUUCACCCCGAGCAACCUAUUGUUUCGAUUGUUCCUUGGUCUCUGGCGUGUUGUGAUGGAUCUAUGUUUCAACCACAGUUACAAUUUGUGUAAAAUGUUAUGUACCCGUUCAGUUGAGAUACCAACUCACGCACUUUCAUUCUCCGAUCGUCCAAUAUCAUUCCAUGCGUUUCGAGAUCUACAAUCUAAUCUCUUCCUCAGGUAAAUAACUAACUUAACACAUAAUUAAACCUAAAUAUAACCUAAAUUAUGUGUUAGGUUAG